CCCACCCAACAACAACAACAGACCUUGCCGCUGAGCAUCAAUUCAAACUCUACACACGCUCCUCGUCGCCCCCUAAAUCAACGAUAACAACGUCUAACUAAAACACAACAUUCAAGUCUUGUCAGACCAUAAACACUGAAGCGUCUUGCACCAUUACAGUUCGUUCAGUCAUCGGGAGAAGAAACCCUUCACGCAAACUUGAGGCAGCAUGAAGACGUCCCUCACACCGAGUGCCUCGCCUGCAGCCUCCUCCAGGGACCUUCUCUCCAUCACGGGAGAUGGAAGUCCUCGAAGUGUUGUGGAGUCUUUAUUAAAACAUAAGCCAAAAGGAUCUUUAGCUAAUAAGCCAAAAACAUUUAAGGUGGCUCGCAGCCCUUUAUUGGGCCAGAUACAGUCAUUUCUUCCAGAGCUUCGUAAAUCCACCCAAGAACUCCUGUCUCAACCUCAAGAAAAAAUACAAGGCAUGGACAUAGAAAAUACUGUUGAUGAUGGAAAAGUUGUAGAAAUGGAUAUACUCAUUGGAGAAAUGGCCUGUGAUAGUGACGAGAGUGAUGAGCAAUCUACGCAUUCCUCGACACUACACGAGAGUGGCAGUGAUUCCGAUAGUGAGUCAAGGGUGACUUCUGUUUUAGGCCCAGUAACUAUUAAAAAUAUCAAAAUACCUUCAGAAGCCAAAGGUGGAAGAAAAAAAAUGAAACAUUGUAUACAAGUCAUUGCAGAUGAGCACGAUGAAGAAAGAACAAGCCACGAAAGUAAAAAACUAGACAUUGAAUUGACCGAGACAUCUUCAAGCUCGGGAAAAAAGUGACUGGUGUUUUAGUCUGUCUAAAAAUAAUGGGUGCUAAUGAAACUUUUAAGUAUGUUCAUCACCUUCAUUACAGUGUGCACAGAAGGAUUAACUGAAGUGCAGGAUACACUUUUCAUGGUGAAUAACUUAUAAAUUUCAUAUACUGUAUAAGGCUUAACAAUUGACAAAUACUGUAUAUCCACUCAUUCUUGAUACUUAAUAAUUCAACCCAUGCUGUCUACCUACCUAGGUGUCAGGUACAGCAAGCAGCAGAUAUUAAAAAUUCAUGAGUUUAAAAUGAAUUGUGCAAUGAACAUUUUAUAUAGAAUGUAUGUGUGUAAUAUAAUGCAUGUACAAAAAACAUAGUGUUGUAUACACUACUGUGUUUAUAUUCUUAUUAAAACUGUUUUAUUACCUGUAUAGCCUCAUACGAAGAGUUAGGUAAAUUAUACCUAAGAAAUAUAAAACUGCAAAAAAUAA